AUGGAAUAUUUGUCUAGGAGUUUGAAAAGCAUCGUGGGUACCUUUGGUUUUCACCCUCGAUGCAAAUCCAUUAACCUCAUACACCUCUGCUUUGCGGAUGACUUGAUGAUCUUUUGCAAAGGUGGCCUUUCCUUUGUUAGGGUUAUUUGUGAGUGCAUCAAGAUACAGCCCUUAAAAGAGGAUAUUAAAGACAUUUCUCAAUUUGCUCUUGGCACACUCCCGUUUAGAUACCCAAGUGUUCCUCUUUCGUCUAAAUGCCUUAGCAUUACUGAAUGUGAGCAGUUGGCUGAUAAGAUGACCAAGCGCAUCAGUUCUUGGCAAUGUAAGCACCUUUCCUAUGCUGCCAGACUGCAACUCAUCAACUCAGUCUUACUGGUUGGUGGCCUUGGCAUACGCAACAUCCAUCUUUGGAAUCAGACAGCGGUUGGCAAAAUCGCGUGGCACAUUCAUAUGAUGAGGGAAACCUUAUGGGUUAAGUGGGUUCAUGGAGUAUAUACUAAAGCUCUUUUGAGGCCAUGGGUAUGUAAGGAUGAAUAUUCUAUCAAGGAGGUAUAUGAAUCUAACUUGGGAAAUAGUCCGAAGGUACAAUGGAGGCAUUUGGUUUGGAAUAGGCUAUCUAUACCAAAGACUAGAUUUAUUUGUUGGUUAGCUACUCAUCAAGGACUAAAAACAAAGGACAAGCUAAGGCAUAUUGGGGUGGUAGAUGAUGACAUGUGCUCUUUGUGUGGAAUCAAGGAUUGGACAUGUAUAGUUUUGAAGCCUUUUCCUCGUAUGGACUUUAGAAAGCCUCGCUUUCCUCAUAUGCACAUGAAAAGUGGGACAGGAAAACCCUUCAUAGAAGGUGGACCUCGUUUUCACACUGAUGCAAAUAAGGUUUGCACUGUUUUUUUGACAAUACUUGUGAAGUAG